CUUAAUUGAAGCUGCCGCAAUAUAUAAGCCGGGACGGAAUAAUAUAUUAUUAUAUUUGAAAAUAUUUUCCACUACAAGUUGCAGUAACCAGAGCAGCCCAGCCCUACAGGGAGUACCCGUUCACGAGUAUGACGGAUGAGCCAGCCAUCACUGUACUCAACCAUAACCUGACCUACCACGCCGCCACUUGUGUGCACAUUAUACUAAACAAGAUGGACGCCAAGAUGAACGCCACGCUACCAUCGGAGGAAAUAUUAAGGGAGAAUUUAAAAAACACUAAAAAGAGAAAAGCAACGUACUCGGAACCAAAAUGCAAGAUUUGUAAAAAGAUAUUCAAAGAAAGGGGUUCGCUGACAAAACACAUGCAACUGCACAACAAGAGCGACCCGUACACGUGCGACCUGUGCAAAUACACGUGCAAGACGCGGCAGUACCUCGCGAGGCACAUGCGGCGGGCGCACGGGGACCCCAGCGCGUGCAAGUGUGAUGUGUGCGGCAAGAUGUUCCACUUCCAGUCCAAUCUGGCGUCGCAUAUGAGGGUCCACACUGGUGAGAAGCCGUACAAAUGUGGUGAAUGUGGCAAGACGUUUAGCGCCAAAUACACACUGGACACUCACAAGUUGAUACACACAAACGAGAAGCCGUACAAAUGUUCGUUCUGCGAGUACGCGUGCCGGGACACGUCCACACUACGCCGCCACCACGAGCGGCACAUGGGAGUGCUGAAGGUGUACACGUGCAGCUACUGUUCCAAGCAAUACAACACGAAAGCCCGGCUGAAAGAGCACGUGGCUGAGAAACACUUCAACGUGGACCUCAGGAAGUUCCCUUGCAACGUCUGCGGGAAGAUGUUCAAGCUGAGGCCGAAUCUGAGGACGCAUAUACGUGCCGUACACGAGAAGUCGACGGUGUGUAAAUGUGACAUUUGUGGUAAGCAGUUGACGAACAAGAACAAUAUGGCGGCGCACAUGGUCAGUCACAGCGACGACAGACCGUACAAGUGCACCUUCAACGGCUGCCGGAAGCAGUUCAAGGACAAAUGGGCGUUGAAAAGGCACUCCGUGACCCACACGCCGGAGAAGCAGCUGCCGUGCGCGGUCUGCGGGAAGCUGUUCACGAGGCGGACGCGGCUGAACGCGCACGUACGGCAGCACGCGACCAAGAAGAGCUACGUGUGCGACUACUGCGGCAUUUGUAUUUUCAGCAAAAUGGUCCUUGGCAAGCAUAUACACAAACAUAUGUACGGCCCGCCCGGCCAGCGCUGCGCCCGCACACACAAGCAAAAAUAUCCAAAGCGGCGCUUGAGAAGGCGAGGAGGAAUCGCGCAGAGUCAGGACUCAAAGUCGCAAACGGCUCCAUUGGUGCACAUCAAGGAGGAGCCUGAAGAGCAGGACGAGCUGGUGCCGGACGCGGAGAUAGACCUGCUGGAGAUAGAGAAACACGAGGUGUUCGCUGAAUUAAACCUCAACAAUGAGCUGGAACCAGAUGACAGUAUGAACUACUCAAACGCCGUACUCUCCGAGGAUAUAGCACGGAGCAUGACGGAGAAGAAGCAGGCGGAGGAUCCCGAACGCGUCAUAGACACGCUUUUCAUAGACAACUGCGAUCACAAACAACUCAAAGGUAAAAUAAAAGCUGACAGAAUUGAAAUUGACGAGAAUUGUGUAAGAAGGGUACUUAAUGUGAAGAAACCAGAAGACGUUGAUGAAAAGAGGAAUGAUUUUAACAGAGGAACCAAAGAGAGAACAGGUACAAGAGAGAAAUCACAAGUGUAUAAAAAUACACAUAACUCCGAUAAUGAUGACACCGUCCAUAACGACGACACGAGUGAAAGAGACGACCAUAUCAUAGAAAGAGACAACACUCCUACUGAAAGUGGCUACGGUACAACAGAAAGGGACAGCAAUACUAGUGGAAAAGACCUCAAUUUCAAAGAAACAGAUGAAGAUACAAUAAAUAGAGACGACAAUAUUGCAGAAAGGGUCAACAAUAUCAUUGAAGACAAUAAUAGGCUAGAAAUUGAGGGCAGUGCCAGAGAAAGAGAAGAAGAUAACGCAGACAGAGACGGCAAUACUACAGAUAGCGAUACAGAAGUAGAUGUGUCUACUAGUAUGUGUGAGAAGGACGACAAUAUGGAGUCGACCAGGCGAGGGAACGCAAAGUUGAAGUUGAACACGCACCAGUGCUAUAUCUGUUUCAAGUUGUUCGCAACGAAGCAGAUGUUACUGGACCAUUGCAAAGUACAUUUCGACGUGUGCACUGAAACGACGCUCAAGAAAUGUCCCCUGUGCGACUUUGUCACGAAAUUCGACAUCAGGCGGCACCUGAAGAAGAUACACGGCGUCACCAUAGACAAGCUACCGUUCGCCCACAUCAACGACAAGGUGGUCAACGACAAUAAAUCUAGAUACUAUUACACACUGAACAACGCGGUUGUCAAAGAAAUGGAGAUAAUUCCGAGCGUGAAAAUUCUCAAUAAGAAAGCCAGCGAAGAGAUCGAUAAGAGAAAUAGAAAAAGCAAAGACAAAUCUGUGACGAAAACGAAAUUAGUGAAGAAGGGAAACGAGUGGGUCGUACAGAAAGAGAAGAUUGAUGUAAACGAAUUCAUGCUGCCCAAUUUCAGCGAAGAAGAGAUUAAAAGACUUAACAUAGAAGGUGACAAUCACUGUGAGAGAUUACGAACCAUGUACCAUUUCGCUAAAAAGAACGAUAUAAAGAUGCUGUUCCCGUGUGAUCGGUGCGAGAAAAUAUGCAGGACACUGAGCGCGCUGAAGUUGCACAACAGGAAACACGAGAAGGACCCCAAGCCGUUCAAGCGUAAAGUGUGGAAACACAGGCUGUUAGAGGGCGGUGCGAAGUCUGCAAAAGCCAAUUUGAGCGAGACACCGGUCGGAACCGAGAAGCCGGUUAGUAACAACCGGUUCGCAGACCCGAAACCGGUGAAAAACAAACACAAAUGCGACCCGAAACUCAUAGAUUUCUACAAGAAUAACAUCAAAGGGGGAGACAUUGAGUUCUGGCAGUUUUUGAAGAUUUACAACAAAAUGUGUAGGGAGAAUAUUGAAGAUUUUGAUGAGUUGGAAACGAGAACUGACUACGGGUUGCAACCGACGGGAAUCGAGCCAGGAAUCGAUGAGUGUACUAAGGAAAGAACUGCGGAGAAUGUCGAUAGUAAUAUUAAGCGAAAAACUAUUGCAGCAGAAAAUAAAAUGAUCAGAAGAGAGAAGAGAGUGAUUAGGAGAAUUGCAAUGAGCAAGCAUGAAUAUCUCAGGAGGUUGGCUAUUAAAAAACAACUCAGGGAGAAAAAUAGGCUAUGGCAGAAAUGAAUACUUGGACAUGUCCGCUGACCCGGAUCUAAAGCCUACUCUAUAGUAGUUGUUUUUAUACAUUUUAACCAUAUUGCUAGAUAUUUAGUAAAAUUCCGUCUCUAGUAUGCGGUGGCGAAAUCUCACAGCUGCCAACAUGACGAGUGCUGGUCUAGAACGGAACAUCCAUGGACGAGUUGGUUUAACCACCAAUAUUUCUCACCAGAGGGAGACUUUGUACAAGUCGUCUGCAUGGAUACUUCUGUCCCAACCGUGUUCCCGCCGUGAAGCAGCUGCGCUCGUAUGGCUGUGUUUCGGCUCGAAGUAUGGGAUAUGGCAGAGAGAUCACAGGACACGGAGGCAUAACACCAUAGUCCUCGAGGGGGGAAGGGAUUGCUAGUAAUGCGGACUAUCAGCCCCAUUGCUAGCAAUAUACCCGAACAGGUCGACCUCCACGCGGUUCCCCCUGGAAACCAUCGUGAUCAAUCAUUGUUCAAUUGGUCACGAUGGGCCAACUGGCCUGUGCCCAUGGCGCCCCGCCGGCGUACACCGCUAGCGGAGGCGAGGCUGCCAUGGACACCACCACGCCAUUGUUCGUGGUGGAUUAAAAUAAAACUCUUAAUAGUUUAGUUAAGAACCUUUUUUUUUUGUUUAUUGCUGAUUUGUAAAUAUCGCUCGUGGUGUUGGUGGUGGAGCGUCGCUGUGUCGAGUACUAUUUUGUAGCAUGCUGUCUCGAAAUCGUACCUGCCGACCGGUUCCUUUACCACCUCACCAAUGUGUACUUCUAGUAAGAUCGUUUUUUCUACAUACAAUAUUCAUUAUAUUUAGUUUGCCUCAAGCAUACAGCAUGUGUCCAAUAUAACAUGUGUCUAGUUAGAGUAGUGUAAGCAUUUCAUUUAAUAUAGGUUUUUUUUUCUAUUACUCGCCAUUGGCGUAAUGUAGCGUAAACAUUAUAACUAGACUCGAGUACGUUCCCCACUCGGCUGCGGUGUUCGGGGGCUGAUUGGGUGCUCUCCAACGAAGCGGCCGAGUGGAUGGUGUGUCGAGGGACGUCCGCCAUUACAAAGUUUUAUUUCUCGUUUCAUUAAUUCUUUAGCGUAAGGUAUUGGAAACAUAACAUAUAUAUACAACUAAACAUGUGAGUAGUUUAAGCAUUUCAUUUAAUUCAUAUAGUUUUUUUUUUUCUUUUAUAUAUAAUGUAUUUAGCGUAAGGAAGUGUGACGCCUAAUUCGUGCAGCUUCCGCCUUGUCCCCGGAGGCUGCUGCUAAUUGUCUGGACAAACAGACGGUCACUGUUUAGUAUACAGUUUUCUUAUUAUAAUUAGGUUAUUAAACGCGAGCAGUGAAAUGGUUAAUACACUGUAAUAUUAGCUUUUAUAUACAACUUUCUAAUUCUUGUCAGAAUAAACAUUUGAUAGUCUAAGCAUUUGUUAGUUUAAGCGUUUGUUAGUUUAAGCAUUGGUUAGUUUAAGCAUUGGUUAGUUUAAGCAUUGGUUAGUUUAAGCAUUGGUUAGUUUAAGCAUUGGUUAGUGUAAGCGUAUGUUUCCAGACCGUCGUUAUUCUGUAGAAGCUGAGAGAGUUUCUCGGCGCAUGCUUCCAACGCAGGUGGCAACGAUAGGCUACUAUGUAGUUGGGGUCAUCUUUGUGGCUUUGGCAGGUUCCGGCCAGCAAGGGUGUACAGGCACCUCCUGUGGCGGGCGUACGCUGACAAACUUUCAGCUUACUGGGUAACGGAAGUCUAUUAAUUUUAAGUAACUUUCAUUAGUAAUUCCUGUUCUUUCAAUUCUCUAAAUAAAUAGUUUUCAUUUCUA